AAUAGUGUGGUUUUUCCUCCGACUGCCUCGCUCUCUCCGGCCGACCACGCCAUUCACUACCACCACUUGUUCCCCGGCCCUGCUCAAGGUCAGCCAGCGCAGCAAAGCCCGUAACGUCUGGUGUCUGGCUGGGUGCGUUUGACGGAUUCUGAGCAACUCACCUUGUCCUGCGCCACUGCGGUCUGGCCUCGCGCAGCUGAGGAGGGAAAGUGAACUGCUUCGCAGAGGAGACGAUACAGAUCAAGGAAGCACAGUUUUCAAACGGCGGCACCGCAAGGUCGAGUUGGCAGUCCCCAGCAUCUCGCACGAUACCCGCAGCACAUGACCUGGCAGCCGCCCGUCACUCUUCCAGCCUGCCCGUCCCAAAGGAGCAUCCCUCCCGGUCGAGCCUCAUGGCUCAAUCCGAUCUGGCUGCCGCCGUCAGCGCUUCGUUCCCUUCGCCAGACACCAACAGCCAGAUGCAACAAAACCUGUGGCGCAGGCUCUUCUCGGGUAGGGAGAGGGACAACAGAGGCGAUGCGUUGUCAGGGUCAACUGCCAACGGCCAGCAGCAAUGGCCGGAACAGCAGAACGAUCACAAAGCUGGCCUGGCUCGGCGUGUGUCCCGGAAGGUGGUCCCCGGCCUGCCGAGAACGCAAACCUUUAAAAGGCAGUGCUCCGAGGUGCGAAGCAGACUGGAGCCGGUCCGUCCUACACCUGCCGAGCGAAGAGCCGUCUCCGUGGACAGACGCGUGAACGCCUACAACAAUGCUCUCAACCACCCCGAUCCCCGAACCAGCGCCCCCGACUUCCUGCAUCACUGCCUCAGCGCUGCCUCCUCUCCGCCCUUGUUGCCCAUGAACCCGCUCGAGGGGAUGCUGGCCAGCACGGAGGACCCGGGUGACUUCGACGACUUGGAUAGGGUCUCGUGCUUUGACGGCCCCCUUCACGACGCCGAUGCUCUUUCCAGAGUGGACGUCGCGUCCAUGACCACGUCGCAGUACGAGGCCCUAAUCGACAGUGAGCUGGAGCGCAAGUGGAUCCUCAACCUGUCCAUGCACUUUCGGGACAAGUCCAAACGGGAGAAGUUCUUCGUCACCUACCGCCAGCACGAGCACCUGUGGCGGCGCGUCACCAUCUCGGUCGAUUACCGCGAUGCUCCGGAGAACUCUCUCGAGGCUGAGCUGUCCCGCGCACAGUACCAGCGCGAUAAGAGCGCCAAGAUCUACGAGGCUAUCCGGGACAGCCUGCCCGAGAUUGACUUCUACAACAGCGUCACCAAUCUCAAGCUCGAAACUAAAGACGGCAGGCUACACGUCCAUGUCGUCGAGGACGUCAACGAGAUCAUCAUCUACCCCCCGGUGCGCAUGGUCCGGCACAUGAACUGCAGACUGGUCAAACAGCGCGAGAUCCACUUCGACGCCCACAUGUCGGGAUUUGUCUACAAGGUGCGGGUUCACGGCAAGCUGCUCAUCAAGAAGGAGAUCCCAGGGCCGGAGUCGGUGGAUGAGUUCCUCUAUGAGAUCAACGCGCUCAACCAACUGCGUGACGCAAAGAAUGUGAUCCGCUUUUACGGCGUCGUUGUCGACGAUCGAGAGGAACACGUCACCGGCUUGCUCAUUGACUACGCUGCCCGGGGCGCCCUGAUCGAUGUCAUCUACGACAAUGAACGUUCGCUGCCCUGGCCGAUCCGGGAGAAGUGGGCCCGUCAGAUUGUCGGCGGCCUCUCGGAGAUCCAUGAGGCCGGAUUUGUCCAGGGCGACUUUACGUUAUCCAACAUAGUCAUCGACGAGAACGACGAUGCCAAAAUCAUCGACAUCAACCGGCGAGGCUGUCCGAUCGGCUGGGAGCCGCCGGAAGCGACGGCGCUGAUCGAGACCAACCAACGCAUCUCCAUGUACAUUGGUGUCAAGUCCGACCUCUACCAACUCGGCAUGGUCCUCUGGGCGUUGGCGACCCAGGAAGAUGAGCCCGAGGCAUUCGCCCGCCCGCUCAAGAUCGACCCCGACGUCCAAGUGCCUCCGUGGUACAGGCGCGUCGUAGACACCUGUCUGAGCGCUGACCCCCGGAACCGGGUUCAGGCACUCCAACUACUCACCUGGUUUCCCGAGCCUGAGGGGGACACUCAGCGCGGCCGCCCCAACGGAUUCGCCAACUCCGUGAACGGCGAGGGCACUUCCCGCCGUGAUUACCUGUCUCCAAGCGGGAUCCCGCAAAUCAAGACCGUCCAUCCACCUACCGACUGGUCAUAUGUGGGCUGGGGAAAUAGUCAACUGGCCGAGGAUUCGUUCUACUACCCAAGCCGGGGCCGGUCUCCGCCGUCGCCGAUGCCGAGUAAUCAGGGAGACUACGACCCGGCCAGAUACGGACGCCGGACGUACACAUGGUCGGACUCGUACAACCACGUACCGAUCGUUCCAUCUGUCAGCGAUGUUCUCUCCCGGGCUCCAACAGAGGGGCCCGGGACCAGACUGCGAGGAAGCGAAGGGACGCUGGAGACAUACGCCGACGGGCCCCGCUGGCUUCGCAACGUCCCGACUGGAACAAACAGGGCAGAUGGUUCUCUGAUGGACCGAGGCCGAUCACCCCGGCUUGAGAGAGCCGGAUACGCGGGAGACGGGGAACAAGAGAAGGAUGGAGAGGUGGGGCGGGAGCCUGUUUCGGUCAGAACAUGGGGCCCGCCGUCCGAGCACUGGCAGUUGAUGGAGCAGAGACGAGACCUCGAAGAUGACGAUGACAAUGACGACAAGACCGACGGCGACGGCGCCAGCUGGGGAAAAACAGGACCCGAAUCACGAGCAGACAGCGGCAAGGAUGUCACGGAAGUGGCCGGCACUCCGAGCGAGCGUCGCAGGUAUUUCACAGGGCAGGCCAAACGACGGACAGCUGCCUCCCGCGAGGAUGGCAGCAGGGCUUCUGCGAAGUCGACUCCGCGGCGGAGCGGCCAGCUGAUAUCCGUCGCGCCGACAAAUACCACCACGGGCGGCCUUGCCGGCGACCACCAUCCGCAUGGCGGCGACACCAACAGCGACAGCCCAGACCAGCACGGACACGAACGUAACGACGAAGACGCGGCGUCGCGGCCCCGGCCUCCACCGUCGCCCGAAGCGAACAAACCCGCUCUCCUCCGACGCUCGGACGACGACCUGAAGGGCAUCGGCGCCGCCUAUGACGCGGGCGGCGAUGCGCACCAUGAGAACCGACGUGACGGCGACGGCGACGCCCUGGAUUUGGAGGACGACCUCGACUUGGACUUGGAUAAAGGCCUGGCUGAGACCAUUGCCGCGGACGCGACGAAGGUUAAGCCGCCCGUUCGCAUUUGACGACAGAUACUGAUGAUUUCCUUUGUUUUUUCUUUUGUUCUCUCCUCCAGCGAAAGAAGUUAUGUGGCAUGGCGGUAUUGAG